GGACCGUGAGGUCGAAUGUGAGACUUAGACGAAUGCUGAAGACUCCGAAAAAGAAGAGUGUGACGCCGUCACAUGCACCGCGCAAGAAUGGAACGAGGCAGACCAGCGUAAAGAGGGAGCCACCAGAGAUUGACUUGAGUGCCAUUAGACCCCCCAGCCCGACUGAGGACCCGCUUUUGUUGAGUGCAAGACGUGCACGGCGAACAAUCAGGUCGAGAGUGACCCCUGUCUUCUCAAGCUCGCCACUGUAUCCCACCAGCAGACAUGCCAAUGCUCGGGAUACCCAGUCCCCCGCGUGGACAGACACCGAUUCGGAAGGCGAGGGCGAGUAUACGGGGCGUUUCAAGAUGUUCCACGUGCCAACGAAGGCGGAUCCACCGACGAGUGGGACAAGGGCACGCAUGGAGGAGUGGGGGCGGCCAGUGAGCCCAUUUCCGUAUGAGGCACGACUGGACAGGAGCUUGCCUGAUCCAGAGGAUAUGGAAGUUGCAGAGGAUGAGGGCAUGGAGGGAAAUAUUUUGGAUGCAUUGGAUAUCGAGAGCGUGUUCGAGGACGUUGUGGAGGUGCCACCUGUGUCGGACGAUCUAUCAAGCGAUCCGCCAACCAAUGAUGUUCAUAUCGGCGCUGAAGAGAGUGAGGAUUCAGACGUUGAUGUUGAAAGCAAUGUCGUACGAAUCACAGGUAGUGACCCAAAGGCCGCAGCAAGAGCCGCAGCGAUUUUGAAAUUACACGAUUACGACUGCGUACUGGCUUCUUCUAAGCGCGCUGUCCGCAAGCCUCGCACAACUUUCAUUGGUGCAGGCAUCGGGAAACGCCGCAGCACUAUGCAGAGACAGCGAGCAAUUCAUAGGGGAGAUGAGACGCCGUGGUGCGAUGUCGAAGAUAUCAUGCAGGACAGGACGUUCAUUGAGCAACACACACCUAUAAAAACCCCUCUUCAGGUCAGUCUCGCUCACACUGGGGAGCGAGCCUCCCAUCCUUUGAUUGCGACAUUCCCCCAACCUCAGUACAACCCCAAGGCGGGAGAGUGGAGGCGUGAAGACUGGAAGCUUUUGGAUAGAUGUUUUUUUGAGGAGUGCCACGUCAACGGAGUGAUUGUUGCGCCGGAGGAGGUCAACAGGGAGGCGGUAGCGAUGCGAUUCACAUGUCUUGCUGGAGGUUAUGAUGUCGUGACGGAGCUGGGUCCUCCCUGGAGUUGGGAGAACCUGUUAGCGAGAGUAGACGUCCUCAUCAAAAAGCGGGCUGCGCGAGACGAUCUCUCAACACUAUCUUUUACAAGUUUCAUGUCUCCGGAUGUGUCCACGCCUGCGAAUAUCACCUCUACGCCGGUCUCGCACAUACCGCGGUACCGCGACCUCUUCGACGAAGCCAGUGCUAUUGACACAACGAAUGUUCCCAUAUCUACACCAUCUUGCGCAGCUAGGUCUCAACCGACCAUUGUACCAUCAAAUCAUCUAGCGGAAAAGACAGGUUUCUUUUCCAUACUUCCAACAUGGACAUCGUUUCUCCCUCGCCGUGUACAUAUCAAACCUGACGACCACCCCAUCAAAGACCGUCCUCCCUUACCGCCUCCUCCCACAGAUAUCCUAGACCGUCGCAAACCCGUUAUGACGCCAGCGCGGAAACGUUCGGAGCAGCAGAAACCGCACAGGGAUCUUGUGAAUCUUCACCAUACCACACCCCUGCAGAAGCGUGUGCAGCUGCGCAAAAACAAGCCAAAGCGCCUCAUAGAGCUCCGUCACAUAUCACCGGAGCCUCUCCAACAUUUAUCCGCAGGUGAUCGCCGGGCCAGACGGAGUAGCGGUGGUAGCGUCAAGGAUUUGAUCCAAUGUUUUGAGGGGACGAAGGAUCUUGAACUGGCCGGUGGAGGAGGGUCACGGUCUAUACAGAUUUCUGCAAAUGCCGUGCAGAACAGGCUCGCUUGGAAACUAUAGCUAUGCAUUUAUACCGGAAUGUUUUUAAUGUACAUUUCAUGUUGAUGACGACAUAAUGUGAUGGCAUAACCUUUACAUCACCCUGGGAUACUGCCAGGUAGUACACUCACGGAAAUUCAGUGAAUG